AUGUCAAGAGGCGGUCGAGGUGGAGGUCGAGGUGGAGGGCGCGGUGGAUUUGGAGGGAAGGGCGGAUUCAGUGCCAACCUUCCCCCCAUGGGUCUGACAUUUGCGGACAUUCAGUCCAUGUCUAGAGAGGCUACGGCGUUGUAUCCCCCUUUGGAGCCUUUUCCACUGCUCACAGAGUACACAGAAGAGGAAAAACGUGUGUGUGAAUUACAGACUGGUUUUGCGACGCGUCUGCGCCAGUCUGCAUACUACAUCGUUGAGUCGACAAAAUCCACAGGUGACUUUCUUCCUGAGCAUGUCUCCCAUGAACUCAACUCAUUGAAGAAAAGUGCAGAACUUCCUCGAUAUUCCGAUAAAUAUCGCCCUUCUCCUGCCUCUCAGCCCACAUUAAAACGGAAGGAUUUAAACCAGCCAUUUUUCCCGCAGGAAAUUUUCGAAAGUUACUUCAACCCUAAGAAAAGGAAAGCUUCUGAGACAAAGGGGCCGAGAAAACGUAUCAAUCUUGAUACGCUGGGAGAUGACGCUGAUGACCAGGAGAAGUCUGGCGAUGAGCGCUCCGACAUUGGCUCACAAGCAGCUGAAUCGGACUACGACGUCGACGAAGAGUACGAUAAUGACUAUGCUGAUAAUUACUUCGACAACGGUGAAGGUGAUGAUUUUGAUGACCUGGGCGGCGGUGGAGGCGGCGAUGAGGGAGGAGGUGGAGGCAAGUCCCAUCAUAAUCAAUCUGCCGCUCUCGUGGCUUACGACAGUUGCAGGUUAUGA